GUUUCUUUGAUAUUGGAUUUCGAUUUUGAUUUUGUUCUUGGUCUUGAUUUUUAGCCACGAAGAUCUUCUCAGUUUUGCUGAAACCCUUGGAAAUCCCAACAAUAAAAUAAAAAUUAAUAAUUAAUGGAAUUGCCACGAAAAUCAUUAGAUGUGUAAUACGUGCAUAUUGCUGUCAUUCUCUACAAGAUAGAAAAAUAAAAUUGCAAGUCAAGAAAUAUUCCUUAAGGGUCCUAUCUCCAACAAUAACCGAUAACUUAGUGUUCUCCAAAAGAAGAUAUGCAAGUAUGCAAGAUUCAAGCGAAAAGUGACUACUACCUACAAUCGAUACAAAUAUGAUUUAAGAAAAAGAAUUACUUUGAUGUUAGAAAUUGUGAUCUAUUUCACAAAAUCUAUGAAGUUAGACAAAAUUUCAUAUCACAUUUAAUUACUUCAAUCAAAAGUUUUCAAUCUUCUGCAACAGAAUCAAGGAGUGGAUAAUAGACACAGACAACCAACGACCAAAAAACGUCGACUUCAGAUCGCAAAACAUGGAGAAGUAACAAGAGUGUGCCCCUCUCUCAAUGAAGACACACAUACGUCCGUAAAUUGUCCAUUAAAUGCCAACUCACAAAAAGGUAAUUCUUCCCAAAAAUUAUAUAUCUACACACUUGAUAAUAAGUUAUUAUUUCACCCUUAUCUAACUAUUUUAAUAUUUACUAAAUAGUUAUUAAUCCAUAUAAUGAUGAUGACGCAAAUGAUGGAAUUGACAACCAAGUCCUUCAAAAUAUCCAAAAUCAAGAAAACCAUGGUAGCAUAAUAAUUUUAUAAAAUUACAAUAUUCACUUUAACAAAAUUUAACAGCUAAUUGGAAUACAGCGUGGAAUCCUUUAGCCGCCAUUCUAUGGUAUGAGGAACGAACCAAAAAAUUACAAAAUACUCGGAAUCCCAAAUUCUCAUUUUGUUGUAUGAAAGGACGCGUACAAAUACCAUUAUUGACAGAACCACCCCCAUUACUUAAAUAUCUCCUAGGAGAGAACUCUGGACAAAAAGGCAUUAAAUUCCGCAAAAAUAUAAGGGUAUACAACUCCAUGUUUGCAUUCACAUCAAUGGGAGGCCGAAUUGACGGAUCAAUUAAUCAAUCAAAAGGUCCUUAUAUUUUUCGAAUGAGCGGUCAAAAUUAUCACCACAUUGGUUCGUUAUAGCCAGAAGAUGGGAAACGUCCACAAUUUGCUCAGUUCUAUAUAUAUGACACGGAAAAUGAGAUUGAUAAUAGAAUAAACACGUUGCUAAACCCAGAAAAAAAGACAGAAAUUGACAACGAAAUAGUUGUCGAGUUAUCUAAAAUGUUAGACCAACACAAUACUUUGGUCAAAUCUUCUAGAAUAGUGAGGGAUAAAUACAAAGAACAACCAGAAGCCACAUUACGCUUACGACUUCUACAAAAUAGAGCUAGCGAUGGUCGUCAAUACAAUAUGCCAACAAUUUCUGAAGUAGCAGGGUUAAUAGUGGGUGAUUGAAGCAAACUACGAACGCGAUGUCAUUGUAGAGCACCGAACUAAUGGACUUAAAAGAAUAACAGAUUUACAUCCAAGCUUCAUGUCCAUGACAUACCCAUUGAUACACCCUUAUGGUGAAGAUGGAUACAGACUUCGAAUACCUUUCAGAGGUGUAACAGAAAUAACUCCUGAAACAAAACAGUUGACAAUGUUGCAAUAUUAUUCCUUCAGGUUCCAACAAAGAUUAAACGAGGGGCACACUCUACUUCGAGCAGGGAGACUGUUGCAACAAUAUAUAGUUGAUUCUUACAUGGCAAUUGAAGAGGAAAGAUUUCACUAUGUACGAAAGUACCAAAAUAAACUAAGAACUCACCUUUACUCUGGUUUAAUGGACGCGAUUCAUCGAGGUGAUUCAGAUUGUACAAAAGUUGGGAAAUCAAUUAUUCUUCCUUCAUCACAUACAUGGGGACCACGAUAUAGAGCACAAAAUUAUCAAGAUGCCAUGGCCAUUUGUAAAUGGGCUGGAUAUCCUGAUUUGUUCUUGACUUUCACUUGCAACCCAAAAUGGCCAGAAAUACAAGACAUGCUCAAUUUAAUUGGACAAAAAGAUGAUGAGAAUCGAGUUGAUAUCAUAUGCAGAGUCUUUCAUAUAAAGUUAUACCAGCUAAUGCAAGACCUCAAACGAGAACAACCAUUUGGAAAAAUAAUUGCAUGUAUCUACACAAUUGAGUUUCAAAAAAGAGGUUUGCCUCAUGCUCACAUACUACUUUUCUUGCACCCAACCGUGAAAAAUCCUUCAGCAGCACAUAUUGAUAAAAUAAUAAGUGCAGAAAUUCCAAACAUCAAUGUUGACCCUGAUGGCUAUAAUGCAGUAAAAAAAUUUAUGAUUCAUGGACCAUGUGGAAAGCUCAAUACAAAGUCUCCAUGUAUGAUGAAAGACAAGUGCACGAAACAUUUUCUAAAAAAAUUCAAUGAUAAAACUACAAUCGACACAGAUAGCUUUCCAAUCUAUAAAAGAAGAGAUACAGGUAUUCGUGUUGAGAAAAAGAAUAUCUUAUUAGAUAAUCGUUACGUUGUCCCUUACCAUAGAAAUUUAAUAGUCAAAUUCGAUGCACAUAUUAAUGUUGAGCUUUGCAAUUACUCAAGAUCCAUAAAAUAUCUUUUUAAGUAUGUCCAUAAAGGGUCUGAUAGAACAACUGCAACAGUGGAAUCAAUCGACAACACCGAAGGGAUAGACGAGAUUAAAACAUAUCUUGAUUGCAGAUACAUCUCAGCAACUGAAGCUUGCUGGAGAAUCUUCCAAUUCGACAUACAUUAUCGAAAGCCAUUAGUUGAAAGAUUGCCAUUCCAUUUACCUGGAGAGCAUACAGUGAUAUUCGGAGAAGAUAAGUGCCCUGAAAAUGUUCUUGGCACACCUGGAGUAGACAAAACAAAGUUUACUGAAUUGUUAAAGACAAACAAGAAUAACGAGGAUGCUCGGGAGCUAACUUAUUCUGAUUUCCCUACCUGUUGGGUUUGGAAUUCGAAAGAUAAAAUAUGGACAAGAAGAAAACAAGGUAUUGCAAUUGGAAGAAUAUACUUUGCACACCCUUCAACAGGAGAACGCUUCUACAUGAGAAUGAUGCUAAAUUUUGUGAAAGGAUGCACUUCUUACGAAAGUAUCAGAACAGUGAAUGGAGUCACAUAUUCUACUUUCAAAGGUGCAUGUUAUGCUCUCGGAUUAUUAGAUGAUGAUAAAGAAUGGAUCGACUGCUUGACUGAAGCUGCACUUUGGGCCACUGGAAAUAAAUUAAGGCAUCUUUUUGUAACAAUCCUCAUUAAUUGUCAGGUUUCUGAUGUCACAAAACUUUGGAAAUCAAACUACACCAUAUUGUCAGAAGACAUUACUGCAUUACAAAGAAAAAGAUUCAAGAUGAAGGAUCUUCAGCUAAAUGAUCAACAAGUUGAAGCAUACACAUUGUUUGAAAUUGAAUGUAUCAUGCAAAAAAUGGGAAAAAGUCUGAAAGACAUAGAUGGAAUGCCCCAGCCUAAUUCAUCUUUGAUGAGAGAAACAUGUAAUAGAUUGGUCAAUGAAGAAUUGGAUUAUGACACAAAACAAUUGAAAAUCCUCCAUGACAAAUCAUUUGCUCUUCUAAAUCCUUCACAAAAAAUAUCUUAUGAAGCAAUACUGAAUUCUGUAGAGAAUGAAGAAGGAAAAUUAUUUUUCAUCAGUGGACAUGGUGGUACAGGAAAAACAUUUUUAUGGAAUACAGUAAUUGCAAAGCUCAGAUCAGAAUCAAAGAUAGUCUUGUCUGUUGCAACUUCAGGCAUAACAGCCUUAUUAUUGCCUAAUGGCAGGACCGCUCAUUCACGGUUUCAUAUUCCCUUGGAGGUUACAACUGAGUCAACAUGUGAAAUUCGACAUGGCACCCUACUAGCUGAACUCUUGAUGCAGACUUCUUUGAUCAUUUGGGAUGAAGCACCAAUGGCAAAUAAGUAUUGCUUUAAGGCUUUAGAUAAGACCUUAAGAGAUAUUCUAAGAACAAGGUAUGAGAAUAGCACUACCAAACCUUUUGGAGGACUUACAAUAAUAUGCGGCGGAGAUUUUCGGCAAAUAUUGCCAGUUGUUCCAAAGGGUACAAGAGCUGACAUUGUUGAUGCAUCUCUUAAUUCAUCAUACCUAUGGCCAUUUUUUAAAAUAUAUGAGCUGAAGCAAAAUAUGAGGCUUUAUAAUGGAAAUGUCAAUGAGGAUGAGGUUGCUAAAAUAGCUUCUUUUGAUAAAUGGUUGUUGCAAAUUGGGGAUGGUUCAUUAUAUCAUGACAUUGAUAGGGAAUUUAUCAAAAUUCCUUCAGACAUCUACAGAAGACCAUCUAAUCAUCCCAUGAAUUCUAUAGUCGAAGCUAUCUACCCUUCACUAUUGCAUAAUUAUAGUGACCCGACAUAUUUGAAAGAAAGAGCAAUACUAACGCCAAAAAAUGAAAUGGUCCAUGAGUUGCAUGAGAUGAUUAUGAAUAUGAUACCAGGAGAAGGGAGGACCUAGCUUCAUAUCCUGGUAUAUUAUCGUAGAUAGGAUCAUUGGCAAAAUGAUCUGAUUGAUAAUCGUCAUCACCCUCCUCUGAAUUCACCGGCGCCGCUGGAAUCUCUGCCUCUGCAUUCUCCGAAAGCUGCUUCUUUUUACUCUUAUAAAGGCUUUUGAACAUCUUAUUUACGGACUUAGCAUUAGAUGGCGAUCCUUGAUUUUUAGCCACGAAGAUCUUCUCAGUUUUGCUGUCAUUUUCCACUUUCUCAAACAUGUUUUGCAGGACAUAUAAUGCCAACCAAAAGUGGUAUCAAUUCUAAAAAUCUUUGCCUUUAUAGUAACUUUGUAUUCCUACAAUCAAUUUUUUUUUUAAUAUUUUUAAUUUAAUUUACAUAAUGUAGCACUAAUGAGAAAUAAUACAACAAUAAUAGUAAAGAGAAAAAGAAAA